CGGGCCUGCCAGCCGCGCCGGCCGCCGCGGUCCCCGCGCACCGGUGUCCCCGCGCUCCAGCGUGCGCUCCGUGCGGCCGCCCACCAUGUCCGGGCACUUUCUCCUCGCGCCCAUCCCCGAGUCCUCCUCCGACUACCUCUUGCCCAAGGACAUCAAACUGGCCGUGCUGGGCGCCGGCCGCGUGGGCAAGAGCGCUAUGAUCGUGCGCUUCCUGACCAAGAGAUUCAUCGGCGAUUAUGAGCCGAAUACAGGCAAGUUGUACUCGCGGCUUGUGUACGUGGAGGGAGACCAGGUCUCCCUGCAGAUCCAGGACACCCCCGGGGGCAUCCAGGUCCAGGACAGCCUCAUGCAGGCGGGUGACCCCUUGUCCAAGUGCGUGCAGUGGGCAGAGGGCUUCCUGUUGGUCUAUUCCAUCACGGACUACGACAGCUACCUAGCCAUCCGCCCCCUGCACCAGCACAUCCGAAAGGUCCACCCUGACUCCAGAGCCCCCAUCGUCAUCGUGGGCAACAAGGGGGACCUGCUGCAUGCCCGGCAGGUACAGACCCGAGAGGGUGUCCAGCUGGCCAACGAGCUGGGCAGCCUGUUCCUGGAAGUUUCCACCAGCGAGAACUACGAAGAUGUGUGUGAUGCAUUCCGGCAUCUAUGCAGAGAAGUAAGCAAGCUGCACAACCUGGGGUCAGAGAGGAGGAGAGCGUCCGUCGUCCCGCGGCCGCGCUCUCCCAACAUGCAGGAUCUCAAGAGGCGCUUCAAGCAGGCUCUGUCCUCCAAGGCCAAGGCCCCCUCUGCCCCCGCUCUGGGGUAGACACAGCACCACGGCUGCUUGACUCAUCUCCUUUUAACCCAUGCAUUCAUGCUACUGAGAAGACUGUGGGGGGUGGGUCCCCCUUUUUAAUCAGACACUCAGAGUUUAUUUUUAUACAGACUGUUGGUUUUCAAGUGUAUAUGUAUUUCUGAAGAUUCAAACGGUGAUUGUCUAGAAGUUGUAUAAAGAUUGUUGUUGUUUUUUUUUUUUUAAUAAAAGGUUUUUAAAAAACUAA